AUGGAAGACACACACCAACUCUUCGCGCGCGCAACUUAUUGUCGCGAUCAAUUUGGCAGAGUAUACCGUUGCAGAAGUACUUGGAGCAAUUGGGGCCGUUGGGUCGCUUUGGCUGUCAUUGUCAUCGCUGCGCUUAUCCUAUUCUUCCUCAUUGCAUGCAUCAGUUCCCGCCGUCGUCGCAAGGCCGGUCGCAAGCCGUUCUACGGCACUGGAUGGGCAGGUAAUGCUAGACCUCCCUUUGGCGGGCAGCAGCAGCAAUACAACCCCAACUACAACACCCAACAGCCGCAUUACGGCCAACAAACCGCACCUCCCAACUACAACCAGUCGACUGGUGGUUACUACGGUCAACCACAAGGCGGUGAGGCACAGAGCUAUUUUGGUGGCCAGCGAGGUGAUGUCGAGAUGAACAACAGCGGCUAUGCGCCACCUGCUGGUCCUCCUCCUAGCAAGGUCGUUCACUAA